GUGAGAGAGAAAGACAGAGGAGAAGUACUCUGUCUCUCUAUAUAUAUAUAUACACACACACACACACACUAAACCUUGUAGCAAUUGUGUAAAACUAGUAGUACCAAAUAGCAAUUAUGGGAAGAUCACCUUGUUGCUCAAAAGUAGGGUUGAUGAGAGGGCCAUGGUCAACUAAAGAAGAUACUUUGUUGACCAAUUACAUUCAAGAACAUGGUGAAGGCCAAUGGAGAUCUCUCCCCAAGAAUGCUGGGCUGUUGAGAUGUGGGAAGAGUUGCAGAUUGAGGUGGAUGAAUUAUCUAAGGCCGGGAAUAAAGAGAGGGAAUAUAAGUGAAGAUGAAGAGGAUUUGAUCGUACGGCUGCACGGCCUCCUCGGAAAUCGAUGGUCCUUAAUCGCCGGCAGAUUGCCAGGUCGAACUGACAAUGAGAUCAAGAAUCACUGGAAUACACACCUCCUUAAGAAACUCAAAAACUCCGGCGUCCACGUCAGCACUCUUAGAGAUACUCCCAAAUCUGCCGCCAAACCCAAGAAAUCCGCCGCCGGAGCCGCCGGAGCCGUUGCCGGAAAGAAGAAAAAGAAGCAGAAGAAGGUAGUAGAUGUUGAGGAAAAAAUCAACGGUAGCGAGAAAGCGUUGACUGUUGACCAAGAGAAGGUGUCAAAUAAAAGUGAAGAUAUUAAUAUUAAUAUUAAUAUUAAUAAUAUUAAUAAUCCGGCGAAGAUUAAGGUGUAUUUGCCGAAGCCGAUGAGGGUUUCGCCGGGGUUUUCGAGGACGAGCAGCUACGACAGCUUGGUCAGUGGGGCGUCGAACAGCGACGGUGCCGGAGAGGCGGAUGCGCCGGAGAAGGAGGAGGAGGCGGCGGCGGGGGAUGGGGUUUCGUACAUGCCGGUGGCGUGCCGCCGCUGUUCGAGAUGGAGUACGCGACUACUACGGCGGCGCGACGGAGUAGAGGAGGAUGAUUUUAUAAUGGGCGGCGACGGCGGUGGGUUCUUUCGGCCGUUGCUCCACCACUCCGGCGAUUCAAUAUCUAGUGAUGUAAACAUGCUAGAGAAAGUCUACGACGAGUAUGUGCAGCUUCUCUAGACCAAGAAUAAACAAAUAAUAAAUAAAUAAAUAAAAACAAAAACAUGUUUGAGUUUAAUUUUUUUUUA